UACCAUGGUCAUCCAACGCGGUUGGAAAAUAUUGAGUGAUGCUGGUUCUACUUCCGCUUCUUCUACCGAAGCAAAUAGAUCUCCCACAGGUUUAAACUCCUCGUCUGAUGAUUCAAAUUGCUCCAAUCAAACUACUCAUUCCAUGGUCACUAGUGCCAGUCCUGUAGCGAGUCACCAUAAAUUAGAGUCCAUCAUUAACAGUAACGAGUCCUGCACCAAUACUGGCAACAUCAUGAAGUUCGUUACAACUCCACAAAUGGCAGAAAUGACGCUACAAAAGCUACGCCAACGCUUCUCCAAUACAACACCAAUGAGCAGUUCAUCAGCAGAGUCUGGCAUGCGUUCACUGGAAUUGGUUCGUAUUGCUGUGCAAACUGCUUUCGACAAGGAAAUAGAUGAACUGGUGAAACAGUACAUCGAGACGUACUUUAAGCCAGCCUUUAACAACAUCAAAGAAAAUUUGGGUCAAGGUGCUGUCAACGAAGACGCGCUUCAGAAAAUGUCCUGUGCUCUGCUAGAAAACGCCAAGUCACAGUAUAAAAUAUUGCGCUUUAAGCCUCAAUCCUCGGCUCCAAUAAACAGCAACUUGGCAACAGCAAUUUCUGGUGUCCAAGAUAAUAAUUCAAUACGAAUGGCUUUAAAGAGACCAGCACCCAAUAAGCCCUCGGCUACAGUCAUAGAGAUACAGAAACGAUUCUUUCCAGACAACAUGAUAAUUAAAACCACAUCCACCGCAGCAGUUGCACAGCAGCUAAAUCCCCCACAAAUAAUACCUGUGGUGGGCACUCUGGUCCAAAGCCAGUCGACGACGACUUCCUUUGUGCAGCAACAACAGCAUUCUAGCCAACAAAAAAUACAAGCAAACGUUGUGGUGCCACAACCACCCAGAAGACAAAUAUUCUGGAACACCGCCCACAUAUCGACCAGCACCAAAUUUGUUUUAGAUGUUCAAGCCAACCAGGCCUUUGGCUUUGGCGCCGAAAAAGAGCGCCGCUUGGCAAGCAAACAUCCUGAGCUAAUCCGCUACUUGCCAGAUAACGAAGACCGCGAUUGGUUGGUCUCGCAACAGAUAAUACCGCAACCGAAUCGAAAUUCACGUUUUCUCUUCUUGAUCUACGAUGAAGUGUGUCGCCUGUAUCAAACCCAUGAAGCGUACAAAUCUAAAUCCUCCAUAGAUUUGUCAGUAAUGAUGACUUUUACCGUACCGGACUUUAUGAUACAAAAGAUGAAAAUCUUCUUUGUGGAUUUAAAUAUAAAGAGCCGAGGGCUAAUAACCAACUCGUAUUCGAUAGGAGGUGGCGUACCUCCAUCUGUGGCACAAAGCAACAGUCAUUUGCGCAAUGCUUUGCUAUUGGGUACAACCACCACCACCACUACCACUCAGACGUCAGUAGCCGGAGCGGGAGUAGCAUCACCAUCUUCUUCAGCAACAUCUUCAAAUGUCGCCGGUGGAACCAUGACGACAGAAACAGUUUCAACCGGUAAUUUGUCUUCAACACCAGCGACAUCAUCGAAUAUACCGACAUCAUCAUCAUCGUCGUCAUCCACGUCAUCGGCUUCUUCAUCAAACAUAACCUCUACCGACGGUUUGUUGCCACAGAAAAGCAAAUCAAGCAAUUUGAGUUCUUCCCAUGCAACCUUGACAGCGCUCUUAAACAAUUCCACACCAGCAACAAAUGAAAAGUCCAACAAUACAUCGGCAUCCACCACUUCCAAUUUAGCUUCAUCCACUCCAACUUUGUUAAAUAAAUUAAGAAAAUAAAGGGAACAGAAAAACUUGCAAUUGGAAAAAGUUGAUAA